UUGCCAUACGGCUAAUAUAACUCUCACCAACAACAAUCUAAAAGAAUUAAGUAAUGGUACAAUUACAAGGUUCACUUGGUGUUUUCUUGUUACUUUACACCCUGUCAGGGGCCAUAGAGGAAGAUUGCACCGAUUUCCAAGGUCAAACAAUUCAGCACGGCCUCCUAUAUGUACCAGGCCCAGCCGUAUGCACAAUGUGCGUGUGCUACCAUUCAGAACCAAUGUGGUGCAAGGCUAUCUACUGCGAUCCCCCUUACUUCUGUAAAGAGUUCAGAGUGGGGGAGCGGUGCUGCGAGUUUAUUUGCUUGGACCCUCCAGGCGAUGAAGCAAUGAAAUUGCUGGAGAAAUACAGACAGAGAUUUAAGAUGAGCGGAUCGACGAAAAUUGAUUUGGUUUCAAGUUUUCUGCUCUUUUCAGCUGUGGUUGUGGCUGCUAUAGCCUUGUGAUAUGUUGUAAUUGUUUGUUUAAGAUUUUUUUUCCUAAACGAAUGAGUUUAAACA